AUGUCUCUAGAUUAUUCGAAUGCGAUGCUUCAACAUCAGAUCAUGAAUUGUUUCCUAUCUCAAAUGCAGGCAAUGCUGACGACGGCAGCACCUCCAGCUCCAUCUCAACCUGCUACAGCUCUUGUCGACGACGUGGCGCGAUGCUCGCCGUCGGCAAGUGCGACCGAUUCGAGCAGCAGCAGCGGCGUCUCGUCGGUAUUCCUCAUCAUCGCCUCCGUCUCAUUCCAUUGCCUAUUCGAUUUUCAGCGAUGCUGUUCCAACGAGAGCGCGUCGACGUCGCGUCCGAUUCGCCGCGGUCGUCCGCAGCAGACCAUCAACGACGGCGACGACGAGGCGAGCCAGAAGAAGAAGCAUCGGCGGAUGUACGCGCGCAAAUAUCGCGCCGAGAUGCGUCAGAAGGUCGACAACGAGCGCGCGCUCGCCGCCGAGGUGCGCCGAAUGAGCGCCGACAUCGCGCGACUCGAGCAGCAGCGCGACAUGCUCAACGAGCAGCUCCAGCGCAAGGACGCCCUCAUCAAUCAGCUUCUGUUGCGCCACCAGUGA